AUUGACUGAGCAACUAACUUCGGGCUUACGGGACUUUGGUUACCUAAAAUGGGGUUCGUUCAAUGUUGUCCUACACACUGAUUUCGUGAAUUUUGUGAAUAAAGUAACUAUGGAAAGAAGCUCCUAAAAAAGUGGAUAAAGACGUGGUUUGAACACGGGAGGUGGAAUAGAAGAGAGAAGAUACAGGUUAAUUCCGGCUGCCCCAUCUGUUUGCCAGAAGAACGCAGAGAGAGAGAUUGGACAUUCUGGAACCCCCAACGGGACGGUCUCGUUUUCAGCCACCGAGUUUCCAAAAGUCCCAAAGCCCUGAGGAUCAAGUCAACAAACUGAUGCAGACUUCUUCAACUUUUCAUAAAAGGGCGUAAAGGCUGCUGGCUGUCUUGUCCUGCCCUGUAACCGAGCAGAGCCCCAAUGCCAGUGGACAUGCAGCCACAUCAGAGGCUGUAUCAUUAUGAGUCUACACCCAACCAGCCGCCCAGAGGUCUUACUCCAUCAGGAAGGUCACCCUACAGUGAUGUGUCAUCGCUCCGUGCUCCACUCCACAACGGCCAGCCUAUGGACUGCAGGAACAUGUACAACCCUAUGACCCCUAACCCCAUGACCCCUAAUCCCAGGACCAACCCUAACUCUGGGGUCAACCCCAUGGACCAGUACAUGCGGCCCCCUCUGGCCCCCCCACUGCACAGCAUGAUGGGACACCGUGGCAUGAAUCAGUUCUCCGAUGGUGGAAACAGCACCCCCUACUGUCAGAACAACCUCAUGUCAUCCCACUAUGGCUUCCCCCACGGCCACGGAUCAGACCACAUGGGAGGCGGUUCCCGGUUCUCCACGCCUCGCUCCAUGCUGAAGCUGAGUAAGAAGCGUGCUCUGUCCAUCUCUCCUCUGUCGGACGCCAGCAUGGACCUCCACACGGUCAUCAGGACCUCUCCUAACUCACUGGUGGCAUUUGUCAACUCACGAUGUGGACCAAAUGGAGGCUCCUCCUAUGGACAUCUGUCUGUUGGUGCUAUGAGCCCGUCUAUGGGUCUCUCCAACUCCAUGAACUACCAGUCCAGACAACAAGGCUCAAUGUACGGUGGACACACCCCGGGACCCUGCCACGCCCCUCCCACCAGAAUACCCCCACACAACCCCCGACUCCACCCACCCAAACAACAUGGACACUUGAAGACAGAACCCGGACUGGGCAAUGUGAUGGAUGGGAUCAAUAUUAAGUGUCUGGAGGAGAGAUCCGAGGGAGACAUGGCCAGCCCUUCUUCCACUGGCACACAGGAUCCUCUGCUGGGUCUGCUGGACUGCCGGGAGGAUCUGGAUAGGGAGGAGAAACCGGAGCCAGAGGUCAUCUAUGAGACCAACUGCCACUGGGAGAGCUGCAGCAAGGAGUUUGACACGCAGGAGCAGCUAGUGCACCACAUCAACAAUGAGCACAUCCACGGAGAGAAGAAGGAGUUUGUGUGCCACUGGCAGGAGUGUUCCAGGGAGCAGAGACCAUUCAAAGCCCAGUACAUGCUGGUGGUUCACAUGCGUAGGCACACAGGAGAGAAACCACAUAAGUGUACUUUUGAGGGCUGUAAUAAGGCCUACUCUCGCCUGGAGAACCUGAAGACCCACCUGAGGUCUCAUACGGGGGAGAAACCAUACGUCUGUGAACACGAGGGCUGCAACAAAGCCUUCUCCAACGCCUCAGACAGAGCCAAGCACCAGAACCGUACACACUCCAACGAGAAGCCUUACGUGUGUAAGAUCUCUGGGUGUACUAAGCGCUACACAGACCCCAGCUCUCUGCGGAAGCACGUGAAGACUGUCCAUGGCCCUGAGGCUCACAUCACCAAGAAGCAUAGAGGAGACACUGGGCCUCGGCAGCCAGGCUCAUCACUGACACCUGGUGGACAGCGUGGUGAACUGCUGCUGGAGAAAGAAGAGGCUGGACACAGGGAGGACUGCAAACUGCUGGCACCUGAGAGCACUCUGAAGUCUCAGCCCAGCCCGAGUGGCCAGUCUUCCUGCAGUAGCGAGCGCUCUCCAAUGGGGAGCGCCAACAACAACGACAGCGGUGUGGAGAUGAACCUGAAUGCAGCUGGCAGUCUGGAGGACCUGACCGCUCUGGAGGACGGAGGGGCAGGAGGAGCCUGCGAGGCGGGGUGCUCAGGGGCAGGGAUGGGGGGCAUGUCAGCACAUGCCCUGAAGAGACUAGAGAACCUGAAGAUAGAAAAGCUGAAACAGGUCAGAAGACCAACUCCGCACGGAUGCUGUGGUGGGGGGAACAAGCUGCCUGCACUCACAGGUGGUCCAGGGGAGAUGAUGGGAGGGAUGUGUUCUCCCUCGCCCCUCCUCUCCAACCGCCGAGUCAUGGAACUGUCCAAUCACGAGCUGGGGGGUGGAUCCUCUGGCAUGGUCUGUCCUAUCAGUGACCGGAGGGGGAGUGGCACCAGCAGCAUGAGCUCGGCCUACACAGUGAGCCGUCGUUCCUCCAUGGUUUCCCCCUACCUCUCCAGCCGACGCUCCAGCGAGGUCUCUCAGCUAGGAGGUGGGGGAGGAGGAGGAGCAGGGUUCCUGGGUUCUGACCAGGGAGGAGGUGACCCCCUCCCCCCUGAGACCAGUUGCAGAGGAGGACCCUGCCGUGGUGUAGGAGGGGCAGGAGGAGGGUUACCAGAGAUGUCUAGUCUAACGCCAGCCCAGCAGUACAGCCUGAAGGCUAAGUACGCAGCAGCCACUGACGGCCCACCCCCCACCCCACUACCCAGUAUGGAGCAGGGACCGGGAACAGCCAGGAGGAGAGGAGGCUUCCUCAGCGAGUACCAGGGUCAGCCACUGCCAGCGUUCCUGCAGUAUGGCGGUCCCAGGAGACAAAGUGCCAACACGGGAGAGUAUGGCACCGGGGUCAUCUACCCCCACCAAGUCCCAGGGAAUGUCACCCGGCGCUCCAGUGACCCCGUCCGCUCCACUGGCAACCCCCAUGCCCUUCCCAAGGUGCAACGCUUCAAUAGCCUGAACAACCUGGCCAUGAUGGGCCGGAGGAACGCCCUGCAGCAUUGUGGGUCAGACGCCAACAUCAGCCGCCAUAUGUUAUCCCCGCGGCCACCCAGCAUCACAGAGAACGUCAUGAUGGAGGCCAUGGCCAUGGACGCCCAUGGUGGAACCGUGGAUGCCAGGGACCAUGGCAUGAUGCUUCCCCCAGGAGAGAGAGGCUUCUUGGGCUACCAUAACCACCACAUGGGGGGUCCCUCCAGCCAGUUAUCACCCAGCCACGACAGCCUGGGCUGCCCAGAGCAGGGCUAUCAGCGAGUGACAGAGACGUCCAUGCAGGGUGGGCACUACCAGGGUACUACCAGGGGACCAGGCCAGGGCCAGAUGGGGCAAGGGGGACCCAUCCACUCAGAGGGGAUGUCCAACACCUUGCUACAGCAGGCUGAGUACAGCAUGAGUACCUGCCAGCUCAGCCCCUCUGAACCACACUACCCCCGCCUGGGCCAGGGAGGGCCCGAUGGAGGUGCAGGGCCCUGGGAGGAGAGCAGUCAGAUCCAGACCCCUCAUGGAGCUCUCCAGACAGGGAUGCAGUACCAGGACCAGGGCUCUAUGCAGGGCCAAGUCCAGACACAGGGUCUCUACAGCAGCCAGCAGAGUCUGUACACCCAAGGCCCAGAUGGAGGCCACCAGAAUCUGAAUAUCAAACCAGAGCAGCAGCAGUAUCAUCCAGCCCUUGCCAACCCAGACGCCUGCCAAAAGCAGCACCAACACCAACAACAGCAGAGGCCCCACCCAGGGCAGACACCCAUGCCCAUGGGACCCAUGUCCCCUCAGAGUUACCCCCAGCCGGGGCAACCUGGCCAAGGCAUGAUGAGGACUAUUAACCCCUCCUGUAACUUCCAUGGUGGAGGGAUGGAGAACCAGAUCCAGGCCUCCAUGCAGCAGGGACAGCAGCAAAGCGGGGGCCUCAGCGUGGGGUCGGCAGGUCUGGGGCCUGGGGGCCGGUCUCAGACACCAAUGAUGCAGGUGAAGGAGAUGAUGGUGAGGAACUAUGUGCAGUCGCAGCAGGCUCUACUGUGGGGUCAGGAGCAGGACCAGAGGGGGAUAGCAGCAGAGGGAAAACCCCUUCCUUUGUCAGACAGCAUGGACAUGACAGGACAACAGGUGGCCAUGAUGCAUCAGCAGCCUAGUCCCCAGCAACAACACCAACACCAGCCCCAGCAACAACACCAACACCAGCCCCAGCAACAACACCAACACCAGCCCCAGCAACAACACCAGCCCCAGCAACAACACCAACACCAGCCCCAGCAACAACACCAACCCCAGCAACAACACCAACAAAGCCUCUACCCCAAGCCAGACUCCAGCUUCCCAGGCUAUUCCACCAACCAGAACCUGAUGAUCCCCCUAGGCCAUAGCCGAGGAGGCCCCAGCUCCGGCUCCUCCAUCCCCUCUAACGAGGUCCCCAUGAUGAGCCUGCCUGGAGGGCCAGGGUCCUGCUACAGCCAGGAAAUGGGAGUCCCUGUGGUCCCUAGACCACCCCAGGGCCGGAAGCCUCUCAUCAGGCAGAAUAGCCUCCAGUCCCAGCCAGGAGGAGGGUACCUGGGCAGUCCUCCACACGUCAGCCCAGUCCAGUCUACCUCCAGCCCAAGGAGAGCAGUCCGACUGCCCCCUGUCCAGCGCUCUCAGACCCAUCGGGAGAUCUUCUCUCCCUCCAACAAUAGCAACAUGUAUUACUCGGGCCAGAUCCACAUGCAGCACCCUGACAUGGACAAACAGCAGAUCCAAAUCCAGCGGAUCACCCAUCCUCACCAGGACCCAACCCAGACCGGGCCCUGCCUCAACCAGCACCAGGGGCACCUGGUAACCCAUAUGGACCAACAGCGGAACAAGUCUGCCCAGCUGGGCUACCUCCAUGACCAUGGGUCCACCCCCAUCUCCAAUGCUCUGGAGAACGUGGAUCUGGAUAAUGCCCAGAUAGACUUUACCUCCAUCAUUGAUGACCCAGACCCCUCGUCCUUCAGCCCAGUCAAUCCACCUCUCCAUGGGUGUUCAUCCCAGACCUCGUCUCGUCUCACCACCCCACAGACCUCCACCAACCUGCCCUCCUCUGUGCUUCCCAACAUGGCUGUAGGGGACAUGACCUCCAUGCUCACCUCUCUGGCUGAUGAGAACAAGUACCUGAAUACGUUGUCUUAGAACCUGAACACGCUCAUAAAGUUGACUAGAGGGGCUCAUCUAUCUGUCUCGAGAGACUAAGUAACUGAAGAUACUGUCAUAGUACAAGUACCUAGACUGUCCUAGAGUGGACCCUAGGGCCACAGCCCAUUGCUGUUCGCUUACCACUUAACAUAAAGUUACAGGAAAUGACUGUGGAGAGUAAAGGUACUGAAAAGAUGUCCCCUUUCUCUUGGCCUCACGCAGACGUGUUCUGUCCCUGGCCAGGAUGAACAGAUACACAGUAGCUACUCCUUAGAGGACUUAGAGCCAAACCAAAGGUGCCUACUGAUCUUGAUCACUGUGUUCUCUUGUCUCACGAGAAGAUCACUGACUUUGGAGUUGCUUGGUACAAUACUGUUGCUUGGUACAAUACUGUUGCUUGGUACAAUACUGUUGCUUGGUACAAUACUGUUGCUUGGUACAAUACUGUUGCUUGGUACAAUACUGUUGCUUGGUACAAUACUGUUGCUCGGUACAAUACUGUUGCUCGGUAAAAUACUGUUGCUUGACAUAAUACUGUUGCUUGACGCAGAACUGUUUGUCUGAAAUGACUGUCAUCACCAUAACGACGUCAUCACCGUAAUGACAUCAUCACCGUAAUGACGGUCAUUUCAGUCAUAGAGGUUCUUUAGGGCAACAGAGAGGGUACUACGAUGUAAAUGAGUUAUACAUGUAUAUGCUGUGUAUAUGACAAUGUUGAAAGUGAUGGAACUCUAAUGUCUGUCUCGUGGACUGGACUCCAAGGCCUCACUCUUCUGGAAUGAGAACGGAGGAAAACAGAGCUGCUCCAAGGAAGAAUGUAAAAAGGAAAUGACUGAUAGACACCUGAGUGCUUUGAAGAUUCAUCUAUAUUCCCAGGGACACACUCCUGUCAGGGACACACACACACACACACAUAGUGAUGACACACACAUAAUGAUGACACACACACAUGAUAAUGAUGACACAAGCACAUAGUGAUGACACACAUGCAUAAUGAUGACACACACACACCCACACGAUAGUGAUGACACACACAAAAUGAUGACACACACACAUAAUGAUGACACACACACACACACGAUAGUGAUGACACACACAAAAUGAUGACACACACACACGAUAGUGAUGACAUAGUGAUGACACACACACAUCAUAAUGAUCAACAUAUCAUAUCAGUAUUCACGCAGAGGCCCUUUUUGGCAUGAAUCUGCUUCCAUACUCUGAAUGUGUUGUACGGUAAAGAGCCCAUGUUUUUAGACAGCUUGUUUACACCCCAUACAAGUUACACGUUUACUCUUGUUACGUGUCCCUAAAGCAGCUCACUCUUUUACAAGUAUAGGAGUUAUCGGUGAGGAAUAUAAAAAGUGCCUUUUUGUCUUAACGUAAUAAUGAGGCAUAAGAGGUACAGAAUAAAAGAGAGAUGGGGAGGGAGAGAGAGAAAGGUUGGCACCACCGAAUGAUCUAAAACAUAAAGUAUAUUUUUGGGCAGUGCAGUCUCACAGGACCGAACUCCAUCACCUGCCGUGCAUACUGUUGUAUACAGGGUCUUAACGAUGCCUUCACUUACCCUGAACAUGUUCAACAGGGUUUAUAAGGAAUUGGGUGUACUGCGUUGAGGUAGUGUAUCUGAGGUACUUUAACGUCUAUAGGACUGAGCUGCAGGAUUUGUGGCCCUCUUGACUAUAGAGAUCGAAUCAGUCUACCCAAUAUGCUGUCGUUGACACAACAAACAAUAUAGGUAGGAACGUUCCAUAGAGGAUAUUUUUAUACCGAUGACAGCCUGUUCGGAACCAAUGACCGGUAGAACUGAUAUCACAUGACAGGACAUCAUAUCGUAGCAUUACACUGACUGUAGCACAGCAAAGCACGCGGACAGACGGUAUCUCUCUCUCCUUGGCUUUGUGACAGUCCCAAGAGGCCAACACAUACAGGAGGCCUAUGUGGCUAUGAUUUCACGUAAAUGUCACCUUUGGAGGACAAUGAAAAGUACCUUACAGUAGUAUCUAUCUGUUUGAAUUGUAAUUCUAGAUCACCUUUACACACAUUUACGGUAGAUCCUACGAGGCUGUCUUUCAUUUCAGUAUUGGUGCCUUUAUUUUAAAUCCUGUUCGGUCACGAUUAGUACUGUUCUGUAGUUGUUAAUACAACAUUAGGGCCUAGAGUUAGUCGUCAUGGAAACUCCUGGUCCUAUCCAGGACUAACCGUUGACAUUUGAGCUAGUUUGCGAAAAACUGUGUACAGACUUCCGGGCCAACCAAAGACGAUUUGAACUAACAAUAUUCAAUGAAUAAAAAGAAAAGAUGCACAAAUUCAUUUGACACAAUACUAAUAAUCACAGUGCAGCGAUGAAGGUGUGAAUGGUUUGAUAGCGCUGUUACUUAGAAUGUACGAUUUUUUUAAUUUUUUAUAAAAGUAACACGUUCUAUUUUUUGGUUUUUUUUAUAACAACACUUUAUCAUGGAUAUGUGUCUUUCUCUGUGUAGUGUGUUUUGACACCUGUCUGUCACCGUUCAAUCAUGACGUUUUGCUGGCAAAAUAAUAUUAUUUUAAGCAACAAUGGCUAUAAUAGUAGCGUUUUACUAUAUACACGACAGCCGAGUGAUAUAUUUUAUACAAAUGUACUAUAUUUUACCAGUUAAGAAAUAAACAUGUUCAACUUGG